UCAGUUGGUAAAACAAAUAAAAUUGUGCAAUGGGCACUGUCAGGGUGACUCAUAAACAGCUGGUUUAAUUUACAGAAAAACUCAAUGCACUUUUGAGGAAUUGCUCGUGAUGUUUUCUGUCUGAGCAAACCAGGUUAUGUUAACCAAUCCACAUCGUUCAGCACACAAGCUUUAAACCGCCCCUGUUGUCGAACAAGCACUGCAGCGGACAGACAGACUUCAGUGCGUUUCAUAUUUUUAUGAAAGUGUGCAGACGUGAGCAAUGCCUGUAAACAGAGAGGGAAUGAACUCCAAUCUCAUCGACGGACCUGACGAUGACUGCAGCAGUCCAGAUGUGCGAUAUUCAGUUUUUCAGAACCCAGAUAAAAGUGGAAAGCGAUUUUGCCAAGAUCCCUUCAAGGUGGCAACAGCAUGUCUGACUGGCUUCUGCCUCAUCUUACUCCUGAUCCUGGUGGUCACAAGUGUUCACAGCGGUAAGGCACGUUCGUCUGAUCAGGAGUCCCCGUCCAGCGCUGCUGAAUCGCACAUGCAUAAGGGCUGCGCUAACGUAUCAGCUCUGACUGAAGAGCUGCAGGCUGUGAAGAAAGAAAAGAGUGAACUGGAGAAAGAAAGGACGCAGCUGAAAAACAGAAUCGCUGAACUUGGUUAGUGAGGUUAAAGUGCAUUCAUUUGUGCUAUCAACAAACAAUAUCUGUCGCAUUUCAUAGCGUUUAAAUGUUGGGUCUUUUUAGAGGCAACCCCUGCAGCACAAACCACUCCAUUGCCAACAAAGAGUCCCUGUCCUGAAGACUGGAAGCACUUUGACGGCAGCUGUUACUACGUCUCAGAAUACAGAAGGAGCUGGUCGGAUAGUCAGACGUACUGCAAGCGGCAAGGAGGACAUCUGGCCAUCAUCCUCACAGCUGAGGAACAGUUGAUAUUUGACCUGAUGAAGAGUUUAUUAUGGAACGUUUUGUGGUUUGGCAUAAGUGAUGAAAAAGUAGAAGAUGACUGGUACUGGGUGGAUGGAACUAAACUAGUUGGAGGUUUCUGGGAAGAUGGCGAGCCCAACAACCAUAUUAAUGAAGACUGUGGCUACAUGAUAAAAACAGAUGUGUUAAGCCGUGUGGCUAUAAAGAGCUGGUAUGACGCGCCCUGCCACAUGUCCUUGCCCUGGAUCUGUGAGAAACUGCUGUCCUCUUGAUCUUCACUCCUACCACCAUCAUCAACAGACGUUCAUUGAUUGUUAGUAAUACGAGCUGUAAUGCAAUUUCCAUUGCAUUGAGAAUGUCUUGUCUCAGGGUUUUCAGUCAGUGUUUAGACACCAUUUGUGCAUUAAUCUACAUUUAGCUGUGCUUUUUAACACUGGGCGAUUUAGUAAAUUCAUUAACUGCUUGAAUUUUAUAGAAAAAUCAACUGAGGCUGAUUUAUCAUAACACUUUUUAAAAAACUGUGUAAAAAAUAUUGUCUGUCUUUACCUUAACAACUAAACAUUUUUAAUUGUUUUUAUAAUAUGUUCUGUUUGCUUUUUUGCUUUCUUGGCUUUAUAUUACCUAACAAUAAAAAAUUAACAGUCAUUUUA